AUGCAGGCGUAUCCCUCGCUCUAUAUAAUUAUCUUCUCUUUGUUAGAAAUUACUUUUAUUUCGGGGUCGCUAGGCGGCGGUAGUAUCCAACCGGAAAUUUUCUUUUGUUAUUUUUCUUAUUUCUCUCUUUUUGUUAUGGCGAAAUUGAAAAAAUACUGGGAAAGUGCGCGCUAUGAGGUGGGCCGUCUUCCCUUUCACUUGGAACGGGCCCUUUUCAGCCCUUUCUCUCCUUUGCCUGUUAUGAGCUGUCUCUUUUUGAUGGAAAUCCUUGCCAACUAUUUUGUCAUUAACCAAAUAAAAUAUACUGAAAUUGACUGGAAAGCCUACAUGCAAGAAGUUGAAGGUGUCCAAAAUGGAACUUAUGAUUACACAAAGUUGAAAGGUGACACUGGACCACUUGUGUAUCCAGCUGGUUUUGUUUAUGUGUUCACAGUAUUUUACCACAUAACAGACAAAGGAAGAAACAUUCGUCUUGCUCAGUAUAUAUUUUGUGUCAUUUACUUGGUAACUCUUUUAAUUGUCUUUGAUAUCUACAGAAAAUGUCGACGGGUGCCUCCUUAUAUCUUUUUCUUUAUGUGUUGUGCCUCUUACCGCAUUCAUUCCAUCUAUGUCCUGCGACUGUUCAAUGAUCCAGUAGCCAUGUUGUUCUUCUAUUUUGCUGUUUCUCUUAUGAUCAGAGACCACUGGGCACUUGGAUGCCUAUUCUACAGUCUUGCUGUUUCAGUAAAAAUGAAUAUUCUGUUAUUUUCGCCUGGUCUGCUGAUAUUGUUGCUUGCCAGGCAUACACCAUUGAAAACUAUCCUUUAUUUGAUCAUCUGUGCCAUACCACAGGUUGUUUUAGCUAUUCCAUUUCUUCUUGUCAACCCACUUGGAUAUUUGAUGCGAUCAUUUGACAUUGGGCGCCAGUUCCUCUUCAAAUGGACAGUCAACUGGAGAUUCCUCCCAAUUGAGAUCUUUGAAAAUCGUUUCUUCCAUAUUGGGCUCCUGCUGUUCCAUAUCUCCAUUUUGGUUUUGUUUACUUUUUGCCGUUGGAAAAAUUUGUUGCCAACCUUGAAUUUAUCAUUGAGUCCAAAGAAAGAAAGCAAAAAUCUGGGACCUUCUCAGAUAGUUAUUCCACUUUUCACCUCCAACUUUAUUGGGAUGUGCUUUAGUCGUUCACUACACUAUCAGUUUUAUGUGUGGUACUUCCACACACUACAUUACCUGGUCUUUGCUACAACCAUGCCAACAGUUUUCAAGUUAUUAAUUCUUGGUAUGACGGAACUAUGUUGGAACACUUACCCAUCAACCUAUUGGAGUAGUGGACUUUUGCACAUCUGUCAUAUGGUCCUGUUGCUGUAUUUAUGGUUAAGCCCCAUCUAUUAUCCAAUGUGCAUACAUGGAGAUAUAAACUGUAAAUAUGGACACAAAACAGCAAAAAAAGAAACUUCUCCAACAUCAUCUGUCUCCUCUAAAUUAAAGAAAAAGUAA